CCCGCCUCUGUCACUGGGAGACAGUCCACUUAAAUGCAGCUCCAGGGCUGCGGGACACCCACCAGCAUCACUCCUUGUGAGAGGGUGGCAAAUGCAACAUGCUCUCCAGCUUGGGGUGUCUACUUCUCUGUGGAAAUAUUGCACUAGUCCUGGGAAAUGCACAGAAAUUGCCAAAAGGUAAGAAGCCAAGCCUGAAAGUCCACAUCAAUACCACAAGUGAUUCCAUUCUCUUGAAGUUCCUGCGUCCAAAUCCGAAUGUAAAACUGGAAGGUUUUCUCCUGGGAUAUGGCAGCAACUUAUCACCAAACCAGUACUUCCCUCUUCCAGCAGAAGGGAAAUAUACCGAGGCUGUAGUAGAUGCAGAGCCUAAAUAUCUGAUUGUUGUGCGACCUGCUCCUCCUCCAAGUCAAAAGAAGUCAUGCUCAGGUAAAACACGCUCUCGCAAACCUCUUCAGCUGGUGGUUGGCACUCUGACACCGAGCUCAGUCUUCCUGUCCUGGGGCUUCCUCAUUAAUCCACACCACGACUGGACAUUGCCAAGUCAGUGUCCCAAUAACAGAUUUUAUACAAUUCGCUAUAGAGAAAAGGAUAAAGAAAAGAAAUGGGUUUUUCAACUCUGUCCAGCCACUGAAACGAUUGUAGAAAAUCUGAAACCCAACACAGUUUAUGAAUUCGGAGUCAAAGAUAACGUAGAAGGUGGAAUUUGGAGUAAGAUUUUCAAUCACAAGACUAUUAUUGGAAGUAUAAACAAAGUAAAUGGGAAAAUUCAAAGUACCUAUGACCAAACCCAUACAGUGCCAGCAUAUGUCCCAAGGAAGCUGAUCCCAAUAACAAUCAUCAAACAAGUGAUUCAGAAUGUUACUCACAGAGCUUCAAGUAAAUCUCCAGAUAGGACUCCCACUGGAGGAACAAUAGUAGUCCAUCUUGUUAUUCCAGGUCUUAAUGACACCACCGUAAAACUUCCUACAUCCAUAAUGUUUGAGAUUUCAGAUACAAUCAAGACACAUUUAGCUAAGAAUGAAACCUUAGCAUUACCUGCUGAAUCUAAAACACCAAAGGUAGAAAAAAUCCCAGCUCAGCCCAUAACAGUGACUCCUGAAUCGGUUCCAAGAACCACUAAACCCACUGUGUCUAGUGCGUUAGACAUUUCAGAAACAACACUGGUUCUCAGCGAAAGAACCCCGGAACCAUGGCAAACUAUCCUAAUACCUAGGUUUGAAUUGCCACUGAGCACUCUAGCUCCGAAAAGACUUCCAGAAUUUCCGCAGGCAAAAACACCCUUCCUUUUUGAGAAACCUGGGGGCACCUUGGCUUCAAGUGAAAAGCCAUGGAUUGUACCUACAAUGAAAACAUCUGAAGGUUCCAAAGUUCUACCUCCUCAUACUGCAACUUAUGAUGUUUUCUCAAGCCCUGAAACAUCAGAUGAGCCUGAAAUAUCAGAGCUCCACACAGCAAGAAGUGAUCCAUUUCUGGAUUCUGUCCCACCUAAAACUUCUAGAACUCUUGAACAGCCAAGGGCAACACUGGAUCCAAGCGAAAUGCCAUUUGAUUCUCAAAAACUGGAAAUCAUUACCAGUCCUGAAAUGCGACCUACAACAUCUGCUCCCCUGCAAACUACAUCUAUCCCUUCCACACCUAAACGACGCCUCAGACCCAAACCACCAAGAACCAAACCUGAAAGAACCAAAAGUCCUGGGACAACUACAACUAAAAUUUCUAAAAGCCCUGAACCUACAUGGACAACGCUGGCUCCCAGUAAAACACAAUUUAUUUCUUUGAAACCAAAAGCCUCUCUCAGCCCAGAACAGACACCCAUCAAACCUGCCCUGGAACCUCAGACUCUACCACCAUCACAGUCAACAAUAGUCGUAGAACCUGGAACACUGGGAACCAAACCUUCAACAACAACAUUAGCUCUACCAAAGACCAAACGACCUCGUCGCCCCCGCCCUAAAACCUCACCUAGUCCAGAUGUGCCCAAGUCCAAACCUGCCCUGGAACCAGCUACAGUACAGCCGGAGCUCUCGGUACCCACAAUCGUUCCUGCCACAGAUAUUGAACCUGUAAUUCUGAGAACUGAGGCUCCCCAGGCAACAGUAGCUUCAAAAACAUCACAACGACCAAGAACACGUCGUCCACAUCCCAGACGUUCAAAACAUCCUAAACAUAAAACCACGCCAAGCCCAGAGGCACCUAAGGCCGAACUAGACAUUGAACCUAUUACUCCUGGGACAUCUUUAGCUCCAACAACAACAACAACAACAACAACAAAGAGACCCCGUCGUCCACGUCCCAAAUCUAAAACCACACCCCAUCCAGAAGUACCUCAGGUCAAACUGGUUCCUGCCACAGUGUUUGAACCAGUUAUUCUUAUAACCGAGGCUCCAGGGACGACACUAGCUCCCAAAGUGCCUGAACAAACUCAUCAUCCAUGUCCCAAACCUAAAACCACACCAAGUCCUGAAGCACCUCAGACUGAACUGGACCUUGAACCUGUUACUUUUACAACUGAGACCUCUGGGACGACAUUAGCUACCAAAGCAUCAAAAAGACCCCGUCGUCCACGCCCCAGACCUAAAACCACACCGAGCCCUCAAGUACCUCAGACCAAACUGGUUCCUACUACAGUCCUCGAACCUCUUAGACCAGAGAUCCCAGGACCAACAUUAGCUUCCAAACCAUCACAAUGGACAGUUCGUCCACAUCUCAGACCAAAAAUCACACCACGUCCUGAAACUCCUAAGUUCAAACCAGUUCCUACUGCAGAUUAUGAACCUGUUAUAUACGUAACCGAGGCUUGGGUGACAACACAAGCUCCCAAAACAUCAAAACGGACCCGUCGUCCACGUCUCAAACCUAAAACCAAACCAACUACAGAGGCACCUCAAACAAAACUGGCUCCCACUGAACUGCAAACUCUUAUUUUGAGACCAGUGACAUCACCAAGCCUAGAAAUGACACAAAGUCAACCCGUUUCUGAAGCCCUGGAAUCUGUUACAUUUAGCACUGAGUCAUCAAAAGAAGCUAUAGCAUCAGCUGAAACAGAUUAUAUAUAUCCCACUGCCAAAGCACCGCUCAGGCCAGAGGAGCCAAAGACUGAUGGCGGUAAAGUUGUGGAAUCUAUUACAAAUGUGUCUGAAGCACCUGAGACCACCCUAGUUCCCAAGCAGACAGCACGCACUCCGCCCAAACCAAAAACAUCUCCACGUCCAAGAGUCCCACAGACACAGCCAGCUCCUAAGGUGUUCCAGCGUGUUACUUCAAAGCCAAAAAUGUCACCAAGGCCAGAAGUGUCACAUACUCCACCUGUUCUGCAGCCCGUUACCUUUAGAAUUGACCUACCGCAGACAACAAUAGCUCCUUUAGAGACCCGAGGCAGCCCUUUCGUUCCUAUGAUUUCACCAAGUCCUAGUCAAGAGGAACUACAAAGCACUCUGGCACCACACAGAUUGUACACUAUUCCUGUGAGGCCCAGAAUACCAGACAAACCACACAUCAGACCUGCUCUGAAUAAGACAACUAUAAGACCUAGUAGACCCAAACCCAAUGGAACGCCUAACGGGAAUGGAAUGGGAACAGGGGUCAAGCAACCACUGAAGCCAUCAGGUGCUGGUAGAAAUGUGUCAGUGGACUCGACUCACUUCACAAAAAAACCAGUUACAAUCCCAGGCACUCGCCGCCCACCAUUGCCACCUAGACCUAUUCCCCCACGAAGAAAACCAUUGCCACCAAAUAACGUCACUGGAAAGCCAGGAAGUGCAGGCAUCUUUUCAUCAGGCCGAGUAACUUCCCCACCCUCGAGGGCAAUGCUCAGACCUACUGGAGAUCCCUCAGAGGGAACAGAGAUGGACAAAAAGCCACCCACAGCUCCUGCCUCAGGAGAAGAUCUUGGUAAUAUAACUGACUUUAGCUCAAGUCCAACAAGAGAAACUGACCCUCUUGGGAAGCCCAGAUUCAAAGGUCCUCAUGUGCGCUACAUCCAAAAGCCUGACAACAGGCCCUGCUCCAUCACGGACUCCAUCAAACGGUUCCCCAAAGAGGAAGCUUUUGAGGGGAAUGCCACCAGCCCACCACAGAACCCACCUUCCAACCUCACUGUGGUCACCGUGGAAGGGUGUCCCUCGUUUGUCAUCUUGGACUGGGAGAAGCCACUAAAUGACACUGUCACUGAAUAUGAAGUUAUAUCCAGAGAAAACGGGUCAUUCAGUGGGAAGAACAAGUCCAUUCAAAUUACAAAUCAAACCUUCUCCACAGUAGAAAAUCUAAAACCAGACACAAGCUAUGAAUUCCAGGUGAAACCCAAAAACCCACUUGGAGAAGGCCCAGCCAGCAACACAGUGGCAUUCAGUACUGAAUCAGCGGAUCCAAGAGUGAGCGAGCCAGUUUCUGGAGGAAGAGACGCCAUCUGGACUGAAAGACCCUUUGAUUCAGACUCUUACUCAGAAUGUAAAGGCAAACAGUAUGUCAAAAGGACAUGGUAUAAGAAGUUUGUGGGGGUGCAGCUAUGCAACUCUCUCAGAUACAAGAUUUACCUGAGCGACUCCCUCACAGGAAAAUUUUAUAACAUAGGCGAUCAAAGAGGUCACGGAGAAGACCACUGCCAGUUUGUGGACUCAUUUUUAGACGGACGUACAGGACAGCAAUUGACUUCUGACCAGUUACCCACCAAAGAAGGCUAUUUCAGAGCAGUUCGCCAAGAACCUGUCCAGUUUGGAGAAAUAGGUGGUCAUACCCAAAUCAGUUAUGUUCAGUGGUAUGAAUGUGGGACCACGAUUCCUGGCAAAUGGUAGAUGCUGCAAUCAUGUUCGUGAGUGCCUUUUGUUUCAUCAUGGCAGAAAAUAAUUGGAAACACUAUGGUAUUUGUCAUUUAUUUGAAGCUAUUCUGUUUACUAUGUAUAGAAGUUUAAAAUCUAAUUGAUAGCAAUAUUAGAUGUUUAUUAGAAAGAUUGCUGAGAAUAUUUAUCAGGUUUUACAAAGUCAUUUUAGGAAAGCAAGAUAUAAGAGUAACAUUUUUUGGGGAAGCUGGCUCCCUAUUCAUGGUAUUUUAAGAGAUCAUUUGUAUAUUAUUUAUCACACUGUUGUAAUGAUGUUUUGAGAUACUUUUAUAACGAAAUUAACAUCAAAAACUAAUAUACUUUUUAAAAAUAUUUACUUUUAUUAAUUUGUAUUCUUCCUACUGGUGAGUUAAUUCCAUAAAUCUCUACUUGGUUUAACUUAUUAGAUCAAAUUAUCUUCGGCAUAUAUAGCUGGGGGGAAAAAAGUCCUAAUAGUCACAUUUAGUUUUAACAGCUGAAUAGCUUUUUGGAAUCAUGUAAAUAUAUAUUUCCUUUCUGCAAAUUAUUAAAAAGAUUUUGUUUGAACCAGUAAAUUUCAUUUCAGCUAAAAAUGAAAUCGAGGAUCUGUUCAGUUUAAAAUACUUUUCUUUCCCUACCCAUAUAUAUGUUAUAAUGUCUGAAUAUACUUUGUCAUAGUAUCCCUUCAAGCAACUGUCUUCAUAUUGUUUUUAAUAUAAUUCUAAUCAAGCUAAAUGCAGAGACUGAAUCUGAAGUCUGAGCACAAAAAAAAUGCAUGAUGAGAUCGCUAUCAUUUUACACAUACGAUUUCUAGGAAUGAAUGUAUCAGAGAAUGUUUUCAUAAUUCUAAACCUGUACUAAAAAUCAAAUUUUUAUUUAAAAAGGUAUUUUCUUCAUUUGGAGAAAGGGGUGGGAAUGCUGUGUCAUUACCCUCAUUCUGAAAGGACCCUGUGCUUACCUUUCAACAUGCUUCAAUGCUACAUUUUGUAUUUUUCAAUCAAGUAGAAACUGCAAUAAAGAGAUUUUUUUUUAAAGCUGAGUUCUUUAUUUCUGAAAAGUUCAUCUCUAUAAGGAAAAUCAUAAGGUUAUUCAGGAUCUACCAAAUCCCUCUUACAUCUUUUAAUGUUUCAUUGUUUUAAGUCCAUGAUCGUUAAAUGCAUUUCUUCCAAGUUAGGACAAAAAUCAAAUAGGACUGUGUUUCUCUGAAUAGAAAACUAAGUUAAACCAUCUAUACUUCCUUUUCAGACCAAACAUCAAUAAGGAUUUUUUCCCUUGCUUUUUUUUCAUGUGGUACACAUACAUACAUAUGUACGUGUGUGUGUAUAUUAGUGAUUAAAUUAUAAGACCACUAAUGGAUUCAAUCAUCUUUAUUAACCUAUCAAUGUUACAUUUUAUACAUAAUAUCUAGUUAUCUUCUCAAAGAGAUCUACUUUUAGUACAUCAUGUUAAUA